CUCUGGAAGAAUGUGGUCGGGCUUUACGAUCAGCGCCUGUUACGGCACUCAGGUCAUUGUGCUGAUUGUUCUGUUGGUCAUCCGAAACUUCCUGACACAGUGUCUCAAAAGGUCAGCUCUCUUAUCCAUGGGGCUAUCGGCCGUAGGUGUUGGCGUCGUUACCACUGCCCACAAGGUGACUCAUCCUGGUUUUUGGGGUGUCGGGAUUGGAUUUGCCUUUGUGCUCUCCCAAGUAAUGUUGCCAACAGCGUUGAUCAGCACUACUGAAAGAAACAGCCUGAAACUGGCCCUCCCACUCUUGAGCUUCUUUCAGUUGACGGGAUUAGUUGGCGGUGUCAUUAUUGGUGGGUAGCGUCCUGUGUUUCUAUAGUUUGAUGGAAGCUUUGUUUGUGUUUUUAU